AUGGAGCCAAAAAUUGUAAAACCAGAUGAACAAACAGUUGAACAAGUUACUGAUGUAGAUGAUAUUGAUGACAGUCAAAAGAUUGCAGACUUAGGUGAAGCAGCUCAGAAUCCUUUGAUGAUGAUUAUUGAUUUAGAGAAGAAAGUUGAGGAGGUUGGUAAUGAGAAGGGAGACGAUACAGAGAAGGAAGAGUAUGCGAAGGAUGAAGACAAAGAUGAACAUAUUCUAGUGGCAAGAGACACUAUGGAAUCUAAAAAGGGCAUGCAAAAAAUAAGCAACAUAGACUUCAUCCAAGGCCCUAUCAAUCUUAAUUCCUUAUCACUAGUUCAAGAACUUAAAUUUGUGGCAAUCACCCAAGCUAAAGCCAGUGAAGACUUAUUGAAGUCCCACACUGAGGAAAAAGAGCUUAUAUCCUUAACAACAAGUUUUCUUAAGAAAAUUUUGCCAUCUUUCAAGCAAGACACACUUGACUCACCCUUCGGCAAGCUGAGAAGUAUGGUUAAGUUAGUGGACUCCCAUUUUGAAUCCCUAGAGAAAGCUACUGAAGUAAAGGCACUAAGCCAUUUCAAUGCCAAGAGGUUAAGGACAGUUUUGAGGAUGGUUGAAGGAGAUAGGAUUAGUCUGAUUACUGGUGUGAAGGGAAUUCAAGAGGCAUUGGAUAAAGGAGGAAAAAUCUACAAGUCAUGUCUUCUAUUGUUGAAGUUCACUAUAGAGCUUGAUAAGAAGAUCAAGGAGUGUGAAGGAAAACUGAUCAAUGAUGAGGAUGCCACUCCAAAGGUUGCAGAGAAAACCGCUAUGGAACGAGGGCUUGCAACUAAAGGUAAAAAGAAGAAACGAGCACAAGAAACAAUGGUUAAGAAAUGGAAAAAGGAUAAGCUCCUUGGUGUUACUUUAAGAGAGCCAGUAUCUCAUAUAAUCGUUUCUAAGAAACAAAAAGUAAAGAAAUUUAAAACCCCUGCAGCAACCCAGAAAAUCUCAGAUAUUGAAGAAGAAGAGGCUCCUAAAAGGGAUUCUCCUGAAAUUCCAUCUCCAUCUUCCUCUACUAAUGAGGAGGAAAACAAAGAGCAAGAAAUGUCCCCCUCUGAAGAGUUAUCUGAAGAAGAGUUAGAAGGAGAAUCAAGAGAGGAAGAAUCAGGAGAUGUGGCAUUCUAUGAAGCAGGGAAAGUAGCUCAUGAUAUCACUCAGUUCAUGUCAGAAAAAGAGACACGGGAUGCAGCAGCAGAACAAGAAGAAUAUGCAGAAGAAGAGGCGCCGAUUCAUUCUGGAGAAAUUGAAAUUGAACUAAUUAUUGGAGAUACUCCUAACCCUCAAGGAGAAAAGGAAGAAGAUUAUGGUAGUAAACACAAUCCACCCUCAUUUUAUUGGGCUUUAGUUGCUAUUGAAUUUUGUAAAUUAUUAGAAAAGAGGGAAGAAUGGAAAAAGGAGAAAGAAAUGUUAGAAGAAAAAUUGAAGAAAGAUGUAGAAAUAAAUAAAAUGGAGGAUAGAAUAGACAAUAUUGCUUCUCUACUGCCUCAGGCAAUGGAGUGUAGACCACCUCCUAGGUUUCCUACUCAAGAGGAGCGGCCUGCAGCAUUUUACAUAAGGAGAAUUGAAAAGGGUAAGGCCAAAAUCUCAGAUUUUGCAGAUGUAAUUGGGACUGAGAUUGAUACAAGUGUGCAGCCCCCUUCUCCUCCCAGAGAGACAUUCAAAGAUGAUGAAGUUACUGAAGUCCUUAUGGAUUUAGACUGGACCACCCUUCUUGUUGUUGUCCUAGAGGAGGAUGCCAAUGAUGAAAGAAUAAUUGCAUCAAUUCAAUUCAUGGUAGAUGAUAAUUUUGUAAAUACCCCAGAAUUUAAAUCUUUUUGGAUGAGAGAGAAGAUGAAGAAAUUAUUUGAAGAGGAGAUUCAGAAUUUUGAUAAGAGUGGCAUCCAUUGCACCCCACAAGAGGCCAAGGAGUUUGUAAAGAAAAGUGAUAUUAUUCUCAUCUCGGGAUGGGACUUAGAGAAGAUUUUUGUCAAUCAUGACAAAAUGUAUAUUGAAAAUGUUAAAUUGAAAAAGGAAAUAGCUGCAGGGGAAGCCACAAAAUUACCAAAUCAGCAAUUGGAGGAAAUGCAAAGGAUGCAAGAUGAGUUGCAAAAUCUCAAGGAGGAGUCAAAAAAUAGACAUAUGGAGAUAAAGAAAGCAAUGGUCUUGCAAAUGGCAAAUAAAGUUCUCUCCAAAUUAGACGAGGUGCACUCUUCAUAUUCUUCUGUGAUUCAAUUCAAGUCUCAUUUGGAUGAGAUUCUUUCAUUCUUUUUCCUUUUGAGGGUCAUGUGGUUCCCUAAAGGCCCAAUUCUUAAAGAAAUUCUUUUGGCAAUAAAAAACAUGCCAAAUUCUCCUCCAGCUAUCAGCACCACAUGGAAUAAUUAA